AUGGAUAUUUCAGUGUUGCGGCUUUACCUCCUUCUGGUCAGCGUCUUACUGCUGUAUUUAGUGCCGACAGUGAAAUCGACCUUCCUGCUGUGGGCCUGCAUCUUCCGCCUAGAUAUAUGCCCUUUUAGAACCACAACUACGACAUCCUAA